UCAUUGACUUUCAAAGAACUGAUUGUGUUGAAUUAUUGACUUUGACUAAUUCAUGAAGAUUAUUAACGGCAAUUAAACUUACAAUCUUCUGUCCAAACAUUAUUGAAGUGCCUCUAACGUAAGUUGCUGCCAUUUUCCAUGACGUGAUUCGUUAUAUAUUUGAAACACAUGAAGAAAAGAGAAAUUUUUACAUUCUUUUUCACUUUAAAAAACAGCCCGGUGUGCCUGAGAGACAAAUUUAUGAGAUACCAGAGUCUUCUUUGAAUCAAAAUCUUUAAUAGAGUCCAACAUCUGUUGGCCGCAAGCAUAUAUUAUAUUGCAUUACUCUUUAUUCAUUGAAACAACAGAAGAAGAUGAAUGAUCAACAAUUGAUUUGAAAUUCUCAAGUGGAAAAAAGGAAGGAGUGUAAAACAUAUUCAAAGAUUAGUAUUGCUUUAUACAAGAAUGAAUCUCGUGGCGAUGCCAUUUUGAAGUAACAUACAAUCGAAAUUCCGAAGAGAACACUUAGUAUCGAUAAAGUGCAUGAACAACAUCUCAUGAGAUGUAGGCCCUAUCACGUAGCUUAUCAUGUAUCUUUAUCUUCUCUUUAAUAAGUGUUACUUAAUUUAGGCAAAUAUCGGAGGAUGUGAUCUGUACGAACAUUACGCAUUAACCUCUCACCCCUCUGCCCAGCCAAUUAACCCUAGGUCCUGUAAUGACCCCGGUUCAAACCUAGGUCCUACAAGCUACAAACCAAACAUGCAGAACCUAAUGAGGAAGCAGUAUUCCAAGAGCGAACUGCCCGUUGGCGAAAAGAUGGAGCUGCGGGAAAUGCAGGGGCGCCUCAUUGGUGACAAUGGGGACGCAAACCCAGCAUACGGGUCUACCAACAUCGCCUUCGACAUGAGUGAUGUGAGUCCGGUACGUCCAGGUAGGAUGACGGUGGACAUGGUGUCAGCUGACGAGAAGUCAGAGUUCAGGCCAGAGAGUGACGACACCCGAGAAUCCUGGGAUUCCAAACUGCAGUUCAUGCUUGCUACGAUUGGAUAUGCUGUAGGAUUGGGAAAUGUGUGGAGAUUCCCGUACUUAGCACAGAAAAAUGGAGGAGGCGCCUUUCUGAUACCCUACUUCAUAAUGCUGUUCCUGGAAGGAAUUCCUUGUUUCUAUAUGGAGCUGGCGGUGGGGCAACGCUUGCGUAAAGGCGCCAUCGGUGCCUGGAACUUCGUCUCUCCGUACGUGGGAGGAAUCGGCAUAACAAGCGCCGUCGUCUCCUUCAAUGUCGCCCUCUACUACAACACCAUCAUUGCCUGGUGUCUGUAUUAUUUUUUCCAGAGCUUCCAAAGCCCUUUGCCAUGGUCCGAAUGCCCGAGGACGGAGGGGCCGAAUCACACGUGGAUCAAGGUUCCAGAGUGCCAGAAAAGCAGCCCCACCGAGUACUUCUGGUACCGUCAGACGCUGGACAUCAGCGCCAACAUCGAGAGUCCUGAAGCCUUCAACUGGAGAAUCGCCCUCUGUCUCCUUCUGGCCUGGUUCUUCUGCUACCUCUGCAUGGCCAAAGGAAUAGCCUCCUCAGGAAAGGUGGUGUAUGUGACAGCCACUUUCCCCUACUUGGUGUUGGUCAUCUUUUUCUUCAGAGGGAUCACAUUGGACGGAAUGGAGAAGGGACUCGAACAUCUCUUCACGCCCGAUUGGUCGAAGCUGGCUGAUCCCGUGGUGUGGCUGGAGGCAGGUACACAGAUCUUCUUCAGCCUGGGUCUUGCUUUUGGUGGGCUUAUUGCCUUCUCCUCCUACAAUCCAGUGCACAACAACUGUUUCCGGGACGCCCUUACCGUCUCCAUCUGCAAUUGUGGCACUUCCAUGUUCGCCGGCAUCGUCGUCUUCUCGGUACUCGGUUUCAAAGCCCACAGCAUCCAUCAACGUUGUGAACUAGAUCGAGAUUUAUUGUUGCAGCCCAUGUACCAAAACACAACCAUCCCUUCUGUCAUACCCGAGGAUGUCAUCAACCACCUGCGCCAGACCAUUCCCAAUCUACCUUUUGAUUUUCCAGAAUGUGACAUACAGAAGGAGUUAGAAAAGAGUGCCUCUGGCACAGGCUUGGCCUUCAUUGCAUUCACCGAGGCCAUCAACCAGUUCCCCGGCGCCCCCUUCUGGUCGGUGCUCUUCUUCCUGAUGCUCUUCACCCUCGGCAUCGACUCGCAGUUCGGCACUCUCGAGGGAGUCAUCACUUCCAUCGUCGACAUGAAGCUCUUCCCUAACGUCCGAAAAGAGAUACUCACCGGUUUAACGUGCCUCUUAUGUUUCUUCCUGUCGCUCAUCUUCUCACAAGGUGGGGGCAACUACGUGUUCACUCUGUUCGACAACUACAGCGGGAAUUUCCCUCUCCUCAUCGUCGCCUUCUUCGAAUGCAUUGCCAUCUCUUACAUCUAUGGUCUGAAAAGGUUCAGUGACGAUAUCGAACUGAUGACUGGCAAGCGACCCAGCUGUUACUGGCUGUUCUGCUGGAAAUAUGUGGCGCCGGCUGCUAUGUUGACCAUAUUAACUGCCUCUUUCGUCCAAAUCGCCACCGAGGGAAGUAGCUACGAGGCUUGGGAUAAGGAAACGGCCACCACCGUGAAGCAAGAAUGGCCUGGCUGGUGCCACUUCGUGAUUUCUUUCCUGAUUUUGGUCGCUGCUAUUUGGAUUCCGCUGGUGGCGUUCCUGGAGGCAUGUGGAAUCCACCUGUUGCCUCCUGAAGAACCUUCCUGGUUCCCCGCCGAAGAGCUUAGGGACUACCAUGGACUUAUUCCCCACAAAGUGACAGACCUCGAAAAGUGCCUCUUCUGCAUGAAGGACGACGAGCCGGAAGAAAUGUGAAGAAUCUUCUCUGAUGGAAUGAAGCGUCAUCAAAGAAUAUUAUCCUACUUGUGGUGGAAUUUUCUGCCCUUUAAAGGUCCCUUUCCUCGUGACUUACGUCGUGUUUUUUGAGUAAUUAUCGUGCCUGUGAGUUUUCAGUAUUGACAGGAGCAGAAGAAUACAAGGACAUCUACCACAUUUCAAAGGAAUGAAGUAGCAGGCUAGCGAAUUACUGUUUCUAUCUAAUGAAAUGAAUCUAUUGAUAUCAGAGAUUUGUUCUUUCAGAUUCCUGUAUGAAAUUCAUGAUAACACAAACCGGAAUUCAAGAUAAUUUAUUGUCUUGUAUAUGAAGGAAUAAUCAAUGUGAGGGCUUUAACCAGACUGUUGAAAAGCUUCUGAGACGGAUAGCAUUGUCUUUUUAAAGAGUUAUAUAGAAAACAUGCUUGUGAAGCUACAAUACAUUGUGUAGAUGAUGAAUAUCGAAGGAAAACUUCAAUACUCUUGAAAAUUUGUCUCUUCCUUGAUACAUGUAGAUCGAAAGAUAUGCCUGGAACUUAUAAAUGUAACGUGAAACAGAAAAUACUUUUUCUUCAACACAUUAAAUAUCAAUUUUCUGCGGUUUUCUGUUGAAUAAUUAGAAGACUGGAUGUGCAAUACGUUGAGUUUGGCAUCUUUUAUAGGUAGAAGGUGCCCGGAUACAUACGACAGUACAUCGUUAUAUUGUUACUUGUUUAGCACUGUAACCGUUAUCAUUGUUAUCUUGAAGCAUUAUAAAAUGUAGUUAAAUUGAAACCCAUUCCUAAAUUAGAAACCAUAUCAUACCUCAUUCAUUCAUGUAACUAGACACAUCUUUUUAUGUUAAAUGUUUAUUUAAUGUAUUCCGUACUUUUUAUUUUGUAAGCAAAUUUUCCCUUUUUCCUUUACUUUUCGAUGUUUGGAUUGAAUUUUGAUUUUGGUUUCUUUAUAAACUUUCAAUUGUAAAAAAUAAUCUGUUGCCUGAGAUUUAAAUUAAUUUUGAUGAGCUGUGAUUUUUCCUUAUCACAUAUAUCAAAAGUUUCACCUUUUUCAUUGAAUGUAAAUAUUAUGUCUUAUGAAUUUAUGAAGAUUCUCUGACCAACAUUAAUGACAAUUUUUAUGGAAGAUAAGAUUUCCAUAAGGAAAAGAUUCUAAGAGAAAUAUUCCAAAAGCUAUAAGUUCGUUUACAGAGUUUACUAGAACUUUCAUCCAAAAGUGAAAUAUUUUUCUGAUGGUUCAAGGCAGAAACAAUUUAAAUAUGUUGAACAGAAUAUGUAAAACCAAUAUUAAUAUCUUGUUUGGAUGAAAAAUAUCGAGUUGUUUCUGAUUCGCAGAUAGAUGAGCUGCCUUUUUCUUGUGUACAAUUUUGAAUAUGAGUGCCAAUUACUUGCACAUCAUGUCCAAAUUAAGCUUAACAUAUAGCUUAUUACGAACUACAAAUGGACAAUUUUUUGAACAUUUUAUUCUUGAAAUGUAAGUAUAUGCCUUCAGACAAAAAAAAAUCCAUCUAAUUUCUAUUUAUCUAAUAAAAUUAUGUUUAUUUUUAUUUAUUUAAAUUUCUAUUUAUUUUAAUAGAGAUAUACUUAUAGCUUGUGAAAGAUAUUAGAUAUGACUUGUAAAAAUCAUAGUCAUCAGUCUAGGAAAGAUUAUUAUAUAUUUGAGUUUUAUAACUUUUUUUUUUCAGUAAAGUAUCUUCAGUUUUGAAUUCAUCUAGUAUUUUGACCCACGAAGUCCAAAUAGCAAGGUUUGUCUUUAGGAUGGGAAAAUGAUGAGCUCGGACACUGUCACGAAUACAAUAUGUAGGCAGGUCUGUUUCGCAUCAAAUUUGUAUUGGUGGUCAAAGAUUCCGCUGCUGACUUAGUGUGGAAAUGUAUAUCUUUCUAGUACCGCCCUCAUCAUCUAAACGAGUUCCUAGAUCGGGAGAUCCAACCAAAUGGUCUUCAUAUUGUUUCAAAAGAGAAAUAAAUCUAUUAAGAAAUCAAUCAAUCACUACCCAUUUGCUGGCUCUUAUUUCCUUUAUACCUUUACAUUGAAAUAAAUAUUUCACCUUAUUUAGCUAAGCUAGGAAGAAUAAAUUCAGAAAUAACCAUAAAUCCUUUCCGUUUUAUGUUAUUUUCAUUUGGCAAUUCUUGAAAUGUUUUUCAGUUUUGGUAGAUAAUUACUUAUUUGUGAAAAACCGAAGUAUGGCUAAUGCGUUCUCUUAAAAGAAAAACUGAUUACAAGAAAUUGUUUAUUAUUUUCAUCAUCAAAUCCAAAUCUAAAAAUUGUACACAUGCUGCGUUUUUCUGCUUUUAUUCCUUCAGUGACAACUUGAAAUGUUUAUACCGUUAACGUCAAUUACAGUUUCUUCCUUUUCUUUUCAAUGCACGAAAUUUCGUUCGCCUCAAAUGUAAGAAAUCCUUUAAUGAAUUCUAAGUUUAUAUAUUUAGAAAUGUUUUAUGGUUUUGAUACAUAUGAAGAUUUUAUUUAACUUUAAUUUCACUGUCCUUAGCAACUUUAUUGCAGUUUUUAGUGCACGUAUCUGACCUGUUGAAACACUCUGAGCUCUCUUGAACCAAUCAGCAAAAGAGGAUCUUGUCUUUUUCUUAAUCUCUCUGAUCGUUGUGCACUUAAUCUGAUCAAUGUUUGGAAAACAUUUUUUCCAUUCUAUAUGUACACUUGAUGUUUCUCAAUGUCCUUGAGGCAUACACUCCACUCCACCCUCUUCAUUCUAGGGGAUAAGUCGAUUUUUUCUGCAUUACAAUUGUUCGCACAUAUCCUUGAUCUCUGUACCCAAAUUCCUGAAGACCAUCGUCAUAUAAAGUUUGAAAAGUUCAGUGGCAAACGUAAAUAAAGGGAUCGGUGUUGCCAAUUAAUUCAGAAAAUCCAUUUUGUUUAUUCCGUCAGCUAUCUGAUCACCUUAAGCCAUGUUUUGUACCACUGCCUGCAAUAUUAACUUCGUUUCUUGGCGUUAUUUUGGAGAUAGGGUGACUUAGCAUCUUUAAAUAGAAAAAGUGUUAAAAAAUCUGGAAUUCAAAAAAUGAAAUGAGCAUUUUCUUACAUCUGUUUGGAAAUAUACUGUUAUCCAUAAUAUUAAUUCAUACUGAAUUUUUUAAAUUAUUAUAUGAAGAAUUGGAGAUAAAUGAAAUGAUUUUACUUAAAAAUUGCAACUCAAAUCUUUCCAAAUUAAUAAUAACAAUAAAAAUUAAUUCCCGAUACUCUAAUGACAUAUUUUUGAAGAAAAGAAUUUUAGAAAUUGACACGUAUGACCUGCGAUUUUUCCUAAAAGUAAACAAGGCAGGAAUAUAUGUUGUUACCAAUCAAUAACAUACAUUAAUUUAAACAAUAAACUUUUAAUAUUGUCCAUAUGUCUUAAUAAUAAUGUUGAGAAUGUCGGAUAAUAAUAAUGUUGCAAAUUUAGAAACGAUAUCGCAAAUUUAUUGUAACCUUUAUACAUUUAGGGAUAUAUAUUAAAAAUCGGCACACGAUGUUUUUGAUAAAAAAAUAUUUUAAUCAAUCAACAAGCCUUUUAAAAUAGCGUAUUAUAUAAUUAAUAGAUUAUAAAAGAUUAUGGCGUAAUUUCUGUUAUAGCUCAAAAAUUAAAUUUAUAAAUUAUCCAAAUUAAAACAUUUAAAGCAUAAGCGUUCUUUUUAAUUUGAUAGUCAUAUUCUAUAUACUAUCCUUAUCAAAAACCUAACAGUAAUAAAUGAGAUUUUAUAUCGAAUGAAAGAGAAGGAAUUCAAUCCUUAAUAGAUUCGGAUUAUCUUUCAAAAAUUUAUUCGGUUGUGUUGCUAAGGUGAUCAGAUAACAUCCAAUUUUUGUGUGGGCAUUUACCCUAUUCUAAUAAGCCACGUUUUCAUCUAGACCUUUAAAGCGAAUGCAUUGAUUUCUCCAGUCACGAACUCCCAGUAUGCACGGGACGUUGCUGAAACAUUUUCGAGUCAUUCUGACGCAACGUUGCUGUGAUAACUUACUUGGGAUAUGAAUGUUUAUUUUUCUAUUUUGCGGGCAGAAUCAAAGGCCGACUUCCUUUCCUAAUAGAUGGCACUAUAGACGCACCACGUUGUAAAAAAAUACAAUAACAACGAAUAUAUAUUCUUCGUGGGUUUUUUUACAAUUGCUCUUUAAAAACAGGAAUUAGGGAAGCUAAAAAUUGAGACAGACUGAUAUUGAAUUGAAAAUAUCUUUAACAUAAAAGCUGUGAUUACCGAAAACAAAUGCAUGUAACUCUUUCAAACUUAUUCUAAAAUAAAAUAAAAAUCUGAGAAGUUAACAGUAAACAAAAUACCACCUUUUUUUUCAAAAUUGAUUUGAAUAUUGAAAAAAUGUAUUUCGAUAUACUUGAAUAAAAUUCUGAUUUCUUUUUUCUUUAUGAAACUAAAGUGACCAGAUCGUUUAUUACUUGAAAAUAAUUAUUUCAUGUAUUUUUUUUUUUUUGAGAUAACGAAAGAUAUAUAAAAAAAUAAACCUUUGAAGAAUUUUCCUUUCCCUUAUAUAUUUAUGAUUAAAAAGACUUGACUUUUAUUUUUGAUUAAAAUUUUCAAAAGCUGCAGUGAUAAAUAGAUAAAAAUAAUUAUUUUGUGAAAAAAAAUUAUCCUUCGUAUACUCCGGAUUCAUACACCAAAAAUCACCAUACCCUGAUUAUAUUCCCUAAUGGAAACAUAAACAUGAAAUAUUUUUUCCCCUAUAGAUAUCUACCUGUGUUAUCAGAAAAACUCUAUUAAGACGUCUCGGAUUGGGCAGAAUGACCUCUGUUUUAGAUCUUUUUUGACCCCUUAAUAUCUUUUCACUGCAGUACUUGAAGCAUUCCGGGUUUAAAGUUAGAAAAUCUGGUUACUUUAGGGAAACAAUAAUUUUUUUUAUAAAGGAUUGUUUCAUAAAGAAAGGAACAUUGCUUAUCUCUUCUUAAUCAGAUUUUGUAGUAUUUCAAUAAAAAUGAAGACUUGUGUAUUAUUUUGAAAUUAACUAUAUAGUAAUGAUGUAAGAUAACAAUAAAGUACAGAUGAAAAAUAUAUGUUGGUGAUUUCAAAAAGUGAUUCCUGUUUUUGUACAUCGUGAUUUAAAUUGAACUGUUUUUGUUGUUGUUGUACAUAGCCAAAUGUUUGUGAAUGUUGUUGUUAUUAGAGGAGUCUCUAUACAUAGAAUUGUACAUGUUAGGAAUAUUUUUGUUGACUACACUCUGUGUAUUGUAGAAGAAUGCAAUUAAAAAAAUUGCCCAUUCGA